AUGAGUUCUCUCGAAUGGCUUUUUGAUCUUUGCGCCGUGGUAGACGCUGCUGGUGGUGGCGUUGCCACGGAUAAACUAUCUCAAGAGAAAGCGCUGCCUCCAAGCCAAGAUACCUGGUAUACCGCCCCUGACGGUUUUGAGUCUAAACAGCCUGGCGAUGUUCUCCGCAUCCGCUCUGUACCAAACCUAGUCAGCAUUGUGGAAAAUUCUUCAGCUGUAUAUCAUAUCCUCUAUCGAUCGACAGACUCACGGGGUCAGGCAUCGUGGGCUGUUACCACUCUGUUUAUCCCAACACGGUUCCAUCGCUCUCAGACAGAUAACACGGCGGUACUGUCCUACCAGUUCGCCUACAACACGGCCAAUUUCGACUGCAGCCCAUCAUUUGCUCUUGCUGGCGUGAUGGCCAAUAGUGAACCAACUCUUGGCAUUCGAGCGAGUACAUGUAUGCUCACAGAAAUGCUCUCGUUCGGCUGGAUCAUCAACACACCUGAUCACCUAGGUCCCACUGCUGCUUUUGGAGCAAGCAUCCAGAGUGGACAUGCGACUCUUGAUUCUGUACGAGCAGUUCAUAGCCUGUUGAAACUAAGGCAAGGGCCGGAUUUCCGUACUGCAAUCUGGGGAUACAGCGGUGGCUCUAUCGCUACUUUCGCUGCUGCGGAGCUGCACUCAAGCUAUGCACCUGAUGUCAACAUCGAUGGAGCUGUGCUUGGGGGUGUGGUGGACGAUAUCUCCGCGGACCUCGAUAAGAUCAACAAGAGUCCACUCGCCGGAACCUUGAUAGCUUUACUUCUGGGCAUCACCUCGCAAUACCUCGAAGCGAGGGCUUACCUAGAGAGCCGGCUUGUUGAGGGUACCAAAGACGAGUUCAUGUCGGUUCUGCACACAGAAGUUACCCAAGCUUUGAAGCACUUCGCGGGAAAGGAUAUCUAUUCUUUCUUUGAGAAUGGCGUUGCAGAUUUGAAAACGUCUCCAAUAGAAGAGUUGUACGAUAGCCAGGCAAAAUUGGGCUACAGAGGCGUUCCUAUGAUGCCGAUGUUUGUAUACAAGGCUAUUAGAGACCAGUUCUGUCCCAUCAAGUUGACAGAUGCGACCAUUGAGAGACUUUGUAGUGCGGGAGGUGAGAUUACGUAUGAGAGAAAUACAGUGGGAGGUCAUGUGUCUGAGAUUGAGAAUGGCAAGCCUCAGGUGUUUCGCUUCCUUGAGAGUAUUUUUGAUGGAUCGUACCAGACGCCGACCUCGAAGCGGAACAUCUCCGAUGUUACGGUUGAUGUUUCCACACAGAGCCCUUGA